AGCUGAGUUGGCUCAGCGGUCAGUUGCGGCCGCGCGGCAGGGGUUUUGCUCCGGCCGCGCGGCAGGGAGCAUCUGGUGAUAGGUGCCAAUGCAGUGGGGAGAGGUCUUCUUGGAUCUGCUAAUUUUGUGUUCGGAUCUUUGCCUUUGUGGAACCUUUGUGGUGGUUUUCCUCCAACUGCGCAAGAGAAGAUCUGCUGCUGGCCUGUCCCUGCAGACCUUGGCGACGGUAGUUGGAGCGAGGGUCAUUCAUCUCAUCAGCCACAACAUCCAGUUGCACUACUCGCCGAACGUCUUCCCAUGGUUCAUCUAUCCAAUGAUGGAUGUAGUGAGUGCUUGUGCGGGGGUGGCGCUGCUUGUGUCAUUUUGCUUGUACUACUACCCCAGCUAUGAGAAAGAGAAGGACAAUUUCGGCAUUCACAUUUUUGAGAGGUUUGAGCUCAUAGGCAAGAACAGCCCCCUCAAGACAAGCCCAUUCCUGGCAGCAUCGUUUUUGUAUGCGGUCGUGGCAGUGAUGGCUGUGAUGUGGUUCUUAGUUAGAAAGUCUCAACGGAGCUUCCUCGUCAGCUACUUCUGCUGCUACUAUGAAGCAAUGGGGGCAGUAGCAUUGAUUCCACAGCUGUGGAUGUUUCAUCAAGACAAGCGAGUUUCGCCUUUGCUCGCGAAUUUUGUGGUGCUCACAGCCAUGCAUCGCUUCUUCACCCUUGCCUUUUGGAUCUCCUACCCUCGGGUCUUCUAUUGGCGUUAUCCGGACAAUCGAGGCAUUCAGAUGGCGUCAGAGACCUUGAACAUUCUGAUUCUCUCGGACUUCCUCUUCUACUGGGCCAGAUCAAAGAUUAGAGGUGACUCGGAAGUGAUCCUCGACUACAGCAGUCUGGUUUGAUCGAUGCUCGCCCGGGCCGGGCGAGAUUGAUGCCACAGGGGGCUCCGGGAGCCGUGCGAUCGAUGGACGCGUCGAGCGUAUGGUUUCUACAAGCUUACGCAGCUGAAAUCUAGAAUCUCCCAGCUUAAAGGGCUGGAAAAAGCACCGCUGAGUAGAGCAAAAAAGAUCUCUGAGGCAAUGCGGCCGCGAAGCCCGAGAAAGAGAGAGAGAGAGAGAGAGAGAGAAAAGGAGAGCAUCCUGGGAGAGCAAAGCAGAGGCUUUUUUAUGAUUCUUCAGAUCGGGGCACUGGUCUGAAUCUUCCAACAUUUGAGGCAUUCAUCCAUUGGGCCUGUCACACCCCAGAAGAAGAACAUGUACGAGGCAAGGUAACAUUUAUAAGAAGACUUGACUACGCAGAAGACAGGCCAUGGUUUUUCAUGCGAG